AUGUUACCUCCAGCCUUACCCAGACGUGACCCUCCUAUCAAUUCAGAUCCCGACGAACCUAUCAGAUCGACUGAUAACGAUGCUGCCUCCUCUCGGCUCUCCGCAGCUAACCUCGGAUAUUUCCAAGACCCAUUUACGGCUCUCCUCCAUAAACCUUCCCCUCUCGCGGGACCUUCGAGGAAACCACCGUUAAUCAAUAUAGGGACACAUCAUCGGACAUGGGCAUUGGAUAGAUUGGUGGAUGAUUUCUUUCGGUGUUGUGGGGAUGAAGCGGCACAAGUGGUUUCGUUGGGUGCUGGGAGCGAUACGAGGUUUUGGAGGUUGAUGAACCGAGAUAAACCACCAAAUCUAGCUCAUUAUCUCGAACUAGAUUUCCCAAGUAUGACAUCCCUCAAAGCACAACGUAUAGCUCGUUCACCAAAAUUAUCAUCCCUUCUUUCCCCUCGUCCCGUUUCACCGCAAGUUGACCAUCAACCACUUUUUUUUGAAAAUACAACCAAUAUCCUUCCUACCACACAAAUACUUCCCUCAAGUCAAAAACAACCAUACCAAGUCCUUCAUGGAGGUCAAGGAUUGACUUCCCUAUUAUACACUCUACUUCCACUCGAUCUCCGGAAUCAACCUUUAUCCUCUAUAUUAUCAUAUCUAGAUCAAUCUCGACCUACUUUAUUCUUAGCUGAAUGCGUGUUGUGUUAUAUGAUACCUUCCGAAGGAAACAAGGUACUUGAAUUUUUCCGAGAAAAUUUCUCUCGGUGUGUCGGUGUGAUAUAUGAGAUGUGUGGAUUAGAGGAUACUUUCGGCAAAGUUAUGCGAAGGAAUCUUGCCUCACGGAAUUUAUCUCUUCCAGGUGUUUAUGCCUCACCGAGCACAUUAGCCGAGAGGUUAUUGAUAGAAGGAAAAUUCGACAGAGCAGAUGGGAUUUCUCUUUGGCAAGUGAGAAGUAUCAUCCCAGAGGAAGAGUUGAAGCGAUCGAAAUACCAUGAGAAUAUCACGUUUGGAACAGCUGGACGAAGUGGAAGAAUUGAGAUUGGUGCUUGA